GUGCAUGUUGAGCAGACAACGCGCACAAAGUAACGUCAGUCUACACUCUUUAUGCGAUGUAUGACGCGAUGUUCUCCUUCCGCCCAGCCAUGAUAUAUAGCACUGUAAUACUGGUCAUCCUGUUCCAGUCAUUCACAGCUGCACCUACCAGCACUCCAUGCAUCACAGGGGUCCACUGCGACUUUGACCACAUUAUUGUGAAACCAUUUUGUGGGUUUACCCCUGGUCAAACUCAUGAAUGGAAGCGUAUCAACUCUUUGAAACUUCCACAUAACGGCAGACUGAAAGAUGCUUCAAACACAGGUUAUUUUCUACGCGUGGCUGGACAUCAACAGGACCAAAUGGUCACACUGACUUCGCCACAAUUCUGCACAAACCAGACCGUGUGUGUGUCGAUAAUGUACUGGCAGAAUGGGACUAGUCAGAAUUCCCUAUCCAUACACCUAAAUAAUGCCACGGUGAUGCAUGUACCAACAACAUUCCAAAACGCUUGGACAGGAAUUAACAUGACAUUCCAUGUUAAACGCAAUGAAAAGAUAUCAUUUCACGCCAAGAUUGUAUCCAGCGAUGUCAUACUUGCGUUAGAUGAUAUCAACAUCACGAACGGAAGUUGCUCAACGUCGUCAACGGCAACAACGAAAUACAAACCCACAACACCUAAACCAACUACGCACAAACCCAAUACUCAUAAACCAACUACGCACAAACUCACUACACCUAAACCAACUACGCACACACCCAUUACACCUAAACCAACUACGCACAAACCCACAACACCUCAACUAACCACACACAAACACACUACACCUAAACCAACUACACACAAACCCACUACACCUAAACCAUCUACACACAAACCCACUACACCUAAACCAACUACACACAAACCCACAACACCUAAACCAACUACACACAAACCCACAACACCUAAACCAACUACGCACAAACCCACUACACCUAAACCAACUACACACAAACCCACUACACCUAAACCAACUACACACAAACCCACUACACCUAAACUAACCACACACAAACCCAAUACACAUAAACCAACUACGCACAAACUCACUACACCUAAACCAUCUACACACAUACUCAUUACACCUAAACCAACUCAUCACAAACCCACAACACCUAAACCAACUACGCACAAACUCACUACACCUAAACCAUCUACACACAAACCCACUACACCUAAACUCACCACACACAAACCCAAUACACAUAAACCAACUACGCACAAACCCACUACACCUAAACCAUCUACACACAUACUCAUUACACCUAAACCAACUCAUCACAAACCCACUACACCUAAACCAACUACGCACAAACCCACAACACCUAAACCAACUACACACAAACCCACAACACCUAAACCAACUACGCACAAACCCACUACACCUAAACCAACUACACACAAACCCACUACACCUAAACCAACUACACACAAACCCACUACACCUAAACCAUCUACACACAAAUCCACUACACCUAAACUAACCACACACAAACCCAAUACACAUAAACCAACUACGCACAAACUCACUACACCUAAACCAUCUACACACAUACUCAUUACACCUAAACCAACUCAUCACAAACCCUCUACACCUAAACCAACUACGCACAAACCAACAACACCUAAACUAACCACACACAAACCCAAUACACAUAAACCAACUACGCACGAACCCACUACACCUAAACCAACUACACACAAACCCACUACACCUCAACCAUCUACACACAAACCCACUACACCUAAACCAUCUACACACAAACCCGCAACACCUAAACCAACUACGCACAAACUCACUACACCUAAACCAACUACGCACAAACCCACUAUACCUAAACCAACUACACACAAACCCACUACACCUAAACCAACUACGCACAAACUCACUACACCUAAACCAACUACGCACAAACACACUAUACCUAAACCAACUACACACAAACCCACUACAUCUAAACCAACGACACACAAACCCACUACACCUAAACCAACUACGCACAAACUCACUACACCUAAACCAACUACACACAAACCCACUACACCUAAACCAACUACGCACAAACCCACAACACCUAAACUAACAACACACAAACCCACUACACCUAAACCAACUACGCACAAACACACUAUACCUAAACCAACUACACACAAACCCUCUACAUCUAAACCAACGACACACAAACCCACUACACCUAAACCAACUACGCACAAACUCACUACACCUAAACCAACUACACACAAACCCACUACACCUAAACCAACUACGCACAAACCCACAACACCUAAACUAACCACACACAAACCCACUACACCUAAACCAAAUACGCACAAACCCACUACACCUAAACCAACUACACACAGUCCCACAACACCUAACCCAACUACGCACAAACUCACUACACCUAAACAAACUACGCACAAACUCACUACACCUAAACCAACUAUGCACAAACCCACAACACCUAAACCAUCUACACACAAACCCACUACACCUAAACCAACUACGCACAAACCCACAACACCUAAACUAACCACACACAAACCCACUACACCUAAACCAACUACGCACAAACCCACUACACCUAAACCAACUACGCACAAACUCACUACACCUAAACCAACUAUGCACAAACCCACAACACAUAAACCAUCUACACACAAACCCACUACACCUAAACCAACUACGCACAAACCCACAACACCUAAACUAACCACACACAAACCCACUACACCUAAACCAACUACACACAAACCCACUACACCUAAACCAACUACACACAAACCCACUACACCUAAACCAUCUACACACAAACCCACUACACCUAAACCAACUACGCACAAACUCACUACACCUAAACCAACUACACACAAACCCACUACACCUAAACCAACUACGCACAAACCCACAACACCUAAACUAACCACACACAAACCCACUACACCUAAACCAAAUACGCACAAACCCACUACACCUAAACCAACUACACACAGUCCCACUACACCUAACCCAACUACGCACAAACUCACUACACCUAAACCAACUACGCACAAACUCACUACACCUAAACCAACUAUGCACAAACCCACAACACCUAAACCAUCUACACACAAACCCACUACACCUAAACCAACUACGCACAAACCCACAACACCUAAACUAACCACACACAAACCCACUACACCUAAACCAACUACGCACAAACCCACUACACCUAAACCAACUACGCACAAACUCACUACACCUAAACCAACUAUGCACAAACCCACAACACAUAAACCAUCUACACACAAACCCACUACACCUAAACCAACUACGCACAAACCCACAACACCUAAACUAACCACACACAAACCCACUACACCUAAACCAACUACACACAAACCCACUACACCUAAACCAACUACAGACAAACCCACUACACCUAAACCAACUACGCACAAACCCACUACACCUAAACCAACUACACACAAACCCACUACACCUAAACUAACUACACCUAAACCAACUGAAAUUCAAAAUGCUUCUCGAUCCACGAUUGAAGUGAGCACAUUCGAUCAAGGAAGAACCGGUAACGAAAUCCAUGCAACACCUACCAGAUCCUCAGUCAACAGGCCGCAAACAUCUGAGAAUGGAAGUGGCCUAACCCCAACACACACUUCAGAUCGCGGGGGCGGCAAGAGCAGUACAUCUGCAACCUCCACCAAUUCCACAGUCCAUACCACACAGACGUCGGGUCAAGGUAACAACGAAUUCCUUUCUAAGAAAAGGAAAGUGAUUAUUCUUGCUACUGUAAUACCUGCAGCUGCUGUUGUGAUCCUGAUCUUGAGUUUAUUCUUAUGGAAGAGGAGGAAGACAACGAUGAACAAAUCGGCCUAUCUGGAGGAUAACAUCCAUAACGUCGGGUCGACCAGGGGUACUUCUGUCGAGUUUAAAGACAUUUCUUUAAACAGCAGGGAGGGUGGCGAGGACCAAAUACAUGAUGAAUUCGUUGGCGAGGACCAAAUACAUGGUGAAUUCGUUGGCGAGGACCAAAUACAUGGUGAAUUCUGGGACAUUAGAUUGUAAACCAGUGCCGAUGAAUAUUCUAAUGGAAUAAUUAUGCCAUUGAGUGCAAUUGUAUAUGCUCAUAGUGAAUUAAUGCGAGGGAAUUAUUCAGAUGCAUUUCGUGCGUUACUGACACAAAGAAUGUUAUGAACGAA